CCCAUAACCCUCAACCCCCCCAGUAUGUCGCACCUCUUCCUUCUGCUCCUCCUCCUCUCCAUCCGGCUUCUGUUUCCGGAAUGAGGGGAGAGAACCCCCCUCCCAAACUGCCUGCUUCGCCCGCAAGUGGAGCUUCUACUCCGAAUUGCUGCUCUGCGGCGUAGCUCGCGGGGGUGGCGCCUUUCGGAAAGGAGAGGAGGAUGGGAAGAGGAGGAUCCCCGCCCCCCGUGGAUGUUGCAGGAAAGAAAUGAGACUCGGGAGCGAGGACAAAGAGGAUUUCCUUUCCGCCCAUUCUGAAGAAGGUGAUACAGAAGACAGUCAGAAUUCCAGAAGAUGGGGAACCUUUCGUUUCAUUAGGAAUAGCCAUUAAAAUGUGUGAAAUGUGGAAUAUGCUUCACUGAAUGAGCAGACAUAGCUCACAUCAGCGAUCUCAAGAAGGGGAGAAACCAUUUAAAGGUAUGGAGAGUGGAAAAAGUUUCACUGACAGUGGAAAACUUAGAACACAUCAACGGACUCAGAUGGGAAAGAACCGAUUUCAAUGCACAGAGUGUGGAAAGAACUUCAGUCAGAGGGGACACUUAACUUUACAUCAACGGACACAUACAGGUGAGAAACCUUUUAAAUGUAUGGAGUGUGGAAAGAACUUCAGUCAGAAUGGAAACCUUAGAAAACAUGAACAGACACACACAGGGGAACAACCUUUUAAAUGCAUGGAGUGUGGAAAGAGCUUCAGUCAGAAUGGAAACCUUAAAAUACAUCAACAGACUCACACGGAUGAAAAACCAUAUGAAUGUAUGGAGUGUGGAAAAAGCUUUCAUUUCACUGCAAACCUUAGAACACAUCAACGGACUCACACAGGGGAGAAACCAUUUAAAUGCAGGGAGUGUGGAAAGAGCUUCAGUCAAAUUGCGCACCUUAGAACACAUCAACGGACUCACACAGGAGAGAAACCAUUCAAAUGCAGGGAGUGUGGAAAGAGCUUCAGUCAGAUUGGAAACCUUAAAUUACACCAACGGACUCACACAGGUGAAAAACCAUAUAAAUGUAUGGAGUAUUGUGGAAAGUGUUUCAGUCAGAGUGCACACCUUAGAACACAUCAACGGAUUCACACAGGGGAGAAACCAUUCAAAUGUAUGGAGUGCGGAAAGAGCUUCAGUGACAGUUCAAGACUCCAUUUACAUCGACGAACACACACAGGGGAGAAACCAUUUAAAUGUAUUCAGUGUGGAAAGAGUUUCAGUCAGAGUGGAGACCUCAGUAGACAUCAACAGACUCAGAAGAACUUUAAGAGCUGA